AUGGCGGUGGCAGGCAAGGGCAAGAAGCGCAAGGCCGCGCCCGGCGGGGCCGGCGGCAACACCCGCAACAAGCAGAGCAAGGCCCAGAAUGGGCGCAAGGGCUCGUCCGGCGCCGCGUCCAAGCACAAGAAGGGCGGCAAGAAGCCGCAGCCGACCGCGCGCCGCCCCGAGCAGGAGGAGGAGGACGACGACGUGGAGAUCGACGAGGAGGACGUGGCCUUCUACGAGGGCAACGCCGCCUUUACGUCCUUCCUGGCCAACAUGGACGCCAAGGCGCUGAAGAGCAAGCCGUUGCACCCCAAGGGCGACAAGAAGCCGACGCCCAAGCCGGUCAAGGAGCAGCAGAAGGACGACAAGGACGAGGACAUGCCGCUGGAGAAGCUGGAGGCGCGGCCCCGCAAGGCGGCGUGGACCACGGACAAGCAGGAGGUGCUGAAGGACAAGCUGCCCGUCAAGUUCAUGGACGGCAGCGUCCGUGCCAACAAGCUGCUGACGGAGGAGGCGCCCAAGGCUAUCCAGGACGAGUCGACGUCGGCGCCGAUGGAGGAGACCCCGGAGCCUCAGCUGUCAGCCGUUGACCUGAAGCGCCAGCGUGCACUUCGUCUUGCAACCAAGAAGGUGGAGAUCGCGCAGCUUUGUGAGGGCAUUCUGGAGAACCCGGAGGAGUCCUUUAAGAAGAACAAGGAGCACCCGCAGCAGCUGAGCAAGAUUCAGCAGCUCCAGGAGCUGUGCCGCGACCCGGACGCGACGGUGCAGCGUCUGAGUCUGAUGUCGCAGCUGUCGGUGUUCCUAGACAUCCUGCCUGACUACCGCAUCCGUGUUCAGAACAACGACAUCAGCGCGGAGGAGAAGGGCAAGCAGAACCACGGCCGCCCCAUGAAGAAGAAGGUGCAGCAGAUGCACGACUACGAGGCGAUGCUGCUCAACAACUACCAAAAGUUCCUCAAGUACUGCGCUGAGCUGGUGACGACGGGGCUCAAGGGCAAGCGCCCGGAGCAGAUGCCGACCAUGACUGCGCGUGAACGCCGUGAUGUGCUUUUGGCGGAGACUGGCGUCCGUUGCUUGGCUCAGCUGCUGGAGAAGAAGUAUGCGUUCAACUUCCACUUGAACCUUGUGAUCGCAUUGGUGCCGAUGGCAGACUCGCAUUUUCCGGCUGUCCGUGAACAGGCUUGCGCGUCGUUCGAGACCGUCUUCAAGAGCGACAAGACGUGUGCUUGUUCGUAUGAAAUCGUCCAGCAGAUCUCGAGUUACGUGAAGCAGAAGCAGCACCGUGUGCAGCCUUUCAUCAUCCGCACGCUGCUGGUUAUGCCGCUUGAAGUUACCAUGGAGCAGGGUGAGGCGGCGCGCAAGAAAGCGAAGUCGGACCGCAAGAAGCGCCGUCGUCAGCAGGCCGAGGGCGACACUAUUGCUGCUGGUCUGAAGGAGGCUGAAGCCGUUGUGGAUCGUGCUGAGCGCGAGAAGACCCAGGCUGACAUCUUGCACGAGCUGGUGCUCAUUUACUUCCGUAUCCUGAAGCAAGCCACCUACUCGCAGGCGUUGCCAGCCGUGCUUGAGGGCCUGGCGAAGUAUUCCUUCCUAAUCAAUCUGGACAUCAUGAUCGACUUGCUCAAGGUGCUCAAGGUUGUGCUACGUGAAGAGGAUGUCUUGCCACUCCCGGCAGCGCUGCAAGCUGUGCUUACGGGACUCCGCGCCCUGCAGGGGCCUGGCGGACAGGAGCUCAUGGUCGACGAAAAGGAGUUCGUCGACAUUCUGUACCGCUUGCUGCACCGGUUUGCCGACGGCGAGGCGGGCUCGGACUCGUCGUGCUUCCCGACGCUGCUGCAGUGCGUGGAGACCGUCUUCCUCCGCCGGAAGGAGAUUGUGGUGGAGCGUGUGGCGUCUUUCGUGAAGCGUUUGCUGCUUGUGGCGCAGCACCUGCCGCCGCACCAGGCGCUAGCCAUUCUGUCGCUAUUGCGCGCACUGUUCCACCGCUACUCGAAGUUGCAGCAGCUCCUCGAGUCGGACGUGGAUCGCGUGGCUUCGGGCGAAUACCGUGCUGACAUCGACGACCCUGACUUUGCUAACCCGUUCUCAAGCGCGUGCUGGGAGUUGGCGCUGCUGACGCACCAUGCUCACCCGAAGCUUGCUAGCUACGCGCUGGGCACUGCUAAGAUGGAGACGACGCUGCCGAAUGAGCACGCCCGCGCUAUCAUGGACGCGUUCGACCCCUAUGCUGACGCCACCUUCACCUUCAAGUCCAAGGUGCCGGUCCCGCCGAGCAACCCGCUGCACAAGAAGAUUGCCAGCGAGAACAACAAGAACAGCAAGAAGACCCGCCAACGUCGCGCGCGCCAGUUUUUCGUGCGCGACCCGCUGGCGAACUUGGACGAGCAGUACCGCAAGCAGAACGCCUCGCCCUUCUUCCAGAAGUGCCUUGAGCUUGACGAGCAGACCACUGACGACAAGUCGCUAGUGUUCAAGAAGUAG